AUGGCCGACAAAAAGGACCUUCUCCUGCUGUUCGAUCAUCCCACGGAGCCCGUCUUUAUGGACAAGGGUGGCAAUGGUACCGUGUUCCAAGUUCCCGACUCCUAUGUGACCAAUCGGUACAACAAGAUCUGGAAGAUGAUUCAGGGGCGCGUCUGUGGUGGGAAUGAUAAGUGCGUUCCGGUAAAGGAAAUCUCCGUUCCCGAUCUCAGUUACCCCAUGUCGUUGGGCCGAACCGAACAGUUCUCGCUGUUCCUGAAAUCCCACCACCAGAUGGCGGGGCGCUUGAUCGAAGUCUUUAUGAAAAUGGAGACUGUGGAUGACCUGCUGAGCGUGGCGGUGUAUGCCCGGGAUCGGGUUAACCCGGUGAUGUUUAACUAUGCUUUAUCGGUGACACUGCUCCAUCGACCGGACACCCAGGACCUUAUUCCGCCCUCCUUAUCGCAAGUUUUUCCGGAUCGUUUCAUCGACUCGCAGUUGUUUCCUAAUAUGCGAAGGGAAUCGUUCGUGGUUGAGGGCUCCGACUCUUGUGGACCCAAAUGUAUGUCCGUCAAACAUACCGCCUGCGAUCUGGAUGUGGAACACCGUCUGUGGUACUUUCGCGAGGAUGUGGGCAUCAACCUGCACCACUGGCACUGGCAUCUGGUCUAUCCUUUCGAAAGCGCCAUCCGCAGCAUUGUCGAUAAGGAUCGCCGUGGCGAGUUGUUCUACUAUAUGCACCAGCAAAUUAUUGCCCGCUACAAUGCCGAGCGAUUGAGUAACCAUAUGGCCCGGGUUCUUCCGAUCCACAAUUUAGAUGAGCCCAUUGCGGAGGGCUACUUUCCAAAGAUGCACUCCUCGGUGGCUUGUCGGACCUAUCCGCCGCGCUUUGAGAACACCCGGCUGCGGGAUGUUCACCGACAUGACCAGGAAAGAGUUGGGAUCGACGACAUAAAGCGUUGGCGGGAACGCAUCUAUGAGGCCAUUCACCAGGGCUACGUUUUGGAUGAUAAUAAUAAAAGGAUUGUCCUAGACGAAGUGAAGGGAAUCGACAUCCUGGGCAAGCUGAUUGAGGCCUCCGAUCUUUCGGUCAACAGGACACUGUAUGGUAGCAUUCACAAUAAGGGACACAUUCUGAUCGCUUACUGCCACGAUCCAGCUAACAAGCAUCUGGAGCAAGCUGGUGUGAUGGCCGAAACGGCCACCGCCAUGCGCGAUCCGGUCUUCUACAGGUGGCACGCUUUCAUCGACAGCUUGUUCCAGGAGCACAAGCGACUUCUGCCCGCUUAUAGCGCGGAGGAGCUCAGCUAUCCGGACAUCCAGGUGCAGAGCAUCAGUGUGGAGAGCCAGGAUCAGACCAACCAAUUGACCACCUUCUGGCAGGAGUCCGAUGUAGACAUGUCCCGCGGCAUGGACUUUUCGCCCCGCGGAAAGGUCUCUGCUCGAUUCACCCACCUGCAGCACCACCCAUUCACCUACACCAUCAAGGUGGAGAACUCUAGUAAGGACAAACGAAAGGGAUUCGUUCGCAUCUUCCUGGCCCCAAAGUUGGACGAUCGUAAUGCUACCAUGUCGUUCGAGGAACAGCGUCUGAUGAUGGUGGAGAUGGACAAGUUUGUGAUCACCAUGCCACCAGGAAGCUCUACGUUUACUCGGAACUCCAUAGAUUCGAAUGUUACCAUUCCAUUUGAGCGCACUUUCCGCAAUCAGGAUAGCAAUGAAAAAGAUGAUACAAAUUCUCCUGAAAAUCUGAUAAGCGGAUGAUAAGCGGACUUCUGCGGAUGUGGCUGGCCCCAUCACAUGCUGGUGCCCAGGGGUCGUCCUGAGGGUCUGAGCUUUAAGCUAUUCGUCAUGGUUUCCAACUAUGACGAUGAAAGGGUUGACCAAACAACUCAGUGUGCCUGCGGCGAUGCCGCUUCAUACUGCGGACUCCACGAUAGUCUCUAUCCGGAUCGAAGGUCCAUGGGCUUUCCCUUCGAUCGCCAGUCCCGCAAGGGUGUCCGAUUAUUGGAACACUUCCUUACACCCAACAUGGGCACCGUGGAGGUUACCAUUACCCAUGACAAUUGGACCAAAAAGCUUCUGGAAAAGACGACAUUACCAUCUUAG